CAAAAGUAGGCCAUCGUUGGUACCACACUCUCGACAGCUCGGUUUCCUCGAGCACCCGCUCUCGGUUCUUCUACUCAUUUUCAUUCAGUACCAUCUGUGCAGCGCGUUCGUUCGGAAUCCGGUACCACCGAUUCUCUAUUCUCUAUUCUCUCGCAGUGUUUUUUUAUAUAGUACCGCCGUGUCUGAUUUAUUUCGACGUUCCGAUUGUUCGUUUUCGGUUUAUAAUUAAUUCGAGUACCUACAUAGUACCGCCUCGUUACCGUUUGUUUUGUUAUGUAAAUUCGCGUGUAUAGAAGAAAGUCUGUGCGUUAUUUACGGAGUGCUCGUGAACUAUUCUAUUCGUCUAGCGAGAAACUACUCUCUUUCGAAGCGGAUAAAUGCACCUUUCGAUGAUCGAAUGAAUUUAACAGUGAAAAAAUUCAUCGAAAAAACAGUAAUAAACUAGAAUUCGUGUUUAUAUGUGAUGUGCGAUCGAAGAGUAUUCUACAAAUGAUCGAAACACAACAAACCGUGAUCGAAAUAUGGUAGCUCAUGUGGCAAUUUCGGCUCUACUGGUUUGGAUUUCCGGACUUUUUGCACUAGGUCUGGCGUUUCCUCGGGUGGAUCCCCUGCUGGAGAAACUGGACGAGGUGCACGAUGCCGAAAUAUACAAGGCCAUCGUGACGUCAAUGAACGAAUGGGAGAAACGCCGGGCGCAAAAACGCGAAACCAAUCGGACGAAGCGCGACGACGUGCCGAUCGCCUGCUACAAGGACCUCGGUUGCUUCGAGGCCUCCGGCCCCUUCGGCUAUUUGGACACGUUGCCCGACAAGCCGGAGGACGUUUCCACCAAGUUCCUGAUGUUCCCGGGCCGGCGACGCCGGAAGCGCGGCUCGCCCGACGCCGAGGUGCCCUUCGAUCGGCUCGACGAGGCCUUCGAAUGGGCCAAGGAGGGCUUCAACGGCAGCCUGCCCACCAAGGUGCUCAUCCACGGCUUCGGCAGCGACUGCAACUACAUCUGGGCCUACGAGAUUCGCAGCGCCUUGAUGUACGUGGAAGAGGUGAACAUCAUCUGCGUGGAUUGGAGCAACGGAGCGGCGUUGCCUAAUUACGUGAAGGCUUCGGCGAAUACUCGAUUGGUGGGUAAGCAAUUGUCGUUGUUGCUCAGAGGUUUGGUGGAGAGGAACGGUAUGCAGUUGAAGAAGACUCAUUUGAUCGGGUUCAGUUUGGGCGCACACGUGGCUGGAUUCGCCGGAGCCGAUCUCGGCAAUUUGAGCCGAAUUACCGGAUUGGACCCGGCGGGUCCUUUGUUCGAGUCGCAGGACCCGCGGGCGCGGCUGGACCAAAACGACGCCGAAUUCGUGGACGUGAUCCACAGCAACGGGGAGAAUCUGAUCUUGGGAGGAUUGGGCUCAUCGCAGCCGAUGGGCCACGUGGAUUUCUACCCUAACGGGGGGCGCAUGCAGAAGGGUUGCAGCCAUCUAUUCGUCGGCGCCGUCAGCGAUAUCAUCUGGUCUUCGGCGGUGGAGGGUCGGUCGCUGUGCAACCACCGAAGGGCCUACAAGCUCUUUAUAGAUUCGGUCUCGCCGAGAUGUCAUUUUCCCGCCUUUCCGUGCGAUUCCUACGAGAGUUUCCUCGACGGAAAGUGCUUCCCUUGCACCGACGAAAGAGUUUGCGGCAAUAUGGGCUACUACGCGGACAGAUCGAAAGGUAGAGGCCAGUUGUAUCUGAUAACGAGAGACGAGGAACCGUUUUGUGCUCAUCAGUAUCACGUGAAAUUGGAGACCAGCCAAAGUCCCGUGCCGGUGAAGAGUUACGGGAAAAUCCAAAUUACGUUGAUUGGUGAAUCGUCUUUGAACGAAACCUUCGUUAUGACGAAAAUCGACGACGAGGAAUUGAAACUCGGCGAAUCCAUAUCAAAAAUAUUAGUGCCUCACCCGAUUCUCGGUCAACCGGUGAAAAUCGAAAUACUCUACACAGCUUACAGCGGCUGGUUAUCCUCCGGAUUGAUCCAAUGGAGCAUCGAUAAAGUCACUCUAAUGGACAGUUUCGGAAAAACCUCAUCCGUGUGCAAGAAGAACCUAAUUCUACAAUCAGGCGUACCCGUAUUGCUUCCUCUAUACCCAGGCGAAUGCAAUCUACCAUCAGAAACCGAAGCCCAAGACAGGAUCCAAACAUCCCUCGAGCCUUCAAACUCCUCGAAACGCCCCGAUUUCAUCCCCACGCAAGUCAUCAAAAUCGGCCUCAACGACACCGACUUCAAAUCCGAAUUAUCCUUCAAAAACGCCGCGGAUUUCUUCAACAUCCCGUCGCGCGACGACGUCGAAAACGACCUCAUAGACGAGGCGGAAUCGAGCAGAGCCUUCAACACCAGAACCGUCAAAACCCGCAGCAGCGACAAGGCAAUCGAAAUCGAAAUCGUCGAGCCCGUUCUCAGGACGCACGCGCACAAAAACGCCCGAUCGCACGAUCCCGAACACGAUAACAAACGCGCGGAAAUCACCGAGCCUCUGCUCGGACCCACUACAGAAAAAACCGCCACAAACGCACCUACAAAAGAGGAUAAUAACGGCGUUGUUAGCACCGCGAAGAAGCCGAGAAAGCGGCAGGACGAGUCGAGGAUAUUGUCCGAUAAUCCCAUCGAAGCCAUCGCCAAUACCGUGCAAUUCCUGCCGCAGAGACUCGCCAGGAUGUUCGAGCAAGCCGAGCGGUACGCUAGAGAAACCAUCCUACCGUUGGUUAGUACUUAUACACCGAGAUUCUUCGCCGAUGUGGUUACUAAAGAUGCCGGUACGCCUAAAUUCGUACCGCUACAUUACGAGGAAUCUACCGCUAAAAUAAUAGCAACUUCUACUGAAGAUGUUGGGAGAAAAGUGGAGGAUUCGAAGAAGAAGAUUGUUGUGGAUGAUGUAGAGCUGGAUUCGGCCGGUUCGGAGAGCAGGAAUCGCAGGAUUUGGAGGGAACAAUCCGGCGAAGAGGCGAAGAGGAAGGCGAGGGAGGAUAAGAACGCAAACCGAAGCAAUUCCGGGGAACCAUUGGAUUCGAUAAUCCAAGUGAUACGGGUCCUGCCGGAAAACAUCAACAAAAUCUUCCACCAAGCGCAGAAAUUCGCCAAAGACAGCAUCGUGCCCUACAUGUCGAAAUUAACGCCCAGACAAAUGAUGGUGGACGCUUUCAAAUUGCCCAGCAAAAUAUUGCCCCACGUUAUCGCUCCGUUGAAUCGAGAGGAGACCGAUAAAGCGAGCGAUAAAGCGAAGAGGAACAGGCGAAACGAGCGCGAAGAGGCGAAAGAUGAAGAUUUCGAUGUGGAAGAAUUCGAUAGUAAAGAGGAGAGUACCACUUACAGUAAUAUACAAAAGAUAGCCAAAAAGAAGUGUUGCGGAUCGUGAAAAAAAUUGAUACAAAUCUCGUAUACACUGCAUUAAAUUUAAUAUAUGUGUAAAUAUUAUAAAUAACUUUUAUCUGUAAUAAAAUUUUUACAAUAAAUUUUCGCUCAAAAAAAAAUCCCGUUUGUACAUAUACUCAUUAAAAUCGCUUUUAGCAUUUCUAUCGCCGGGCGAAAGUUUAACGUGUAAAUAAAAUUUCAUUUUCAUCUCUCACGCUUCGUUUGUACACAAAAAUCCCCCUAAUUUCCCCAAAAUAUUUCUCGCGCCACUCCAUCAAACAAAUUCUCGUUAUACACAAAUACACGGGCGCGGUAUUAUCUCCACUAAUAAGUAAUUUACACGCCACUUACGCUACGUAAAGUGCAACUUAUAUCGCUAAACAAACAAUUACCUAAUACAACGUUCAUUCGGGAAUCGUCGAACAAGUAUCCAGGAAUCGUUCCAGCUCUUCCAACCGCCUAAUCUCGCGCUGUAUAUGCCUCAAAUGGCCCCAUCUCAGCUGCUUCAAUUGCUUCACAUAAGCCGGUUCCUCUGCACAUUUACAUCGUACAGAUAUAUACAUGAAUAAAUAAAAUAAAUACCUGUAGUGCAUUUGCACAGGUCGCAUUUAUUCCCAUCAUCUUCCACCAACAAUUCCAUCUCGUCCUUGCUACACGAGGAAUUCCUGCCGCUCGCGUGCCGAUUUACGACGCCUAUCGCCCUUCGAGCGUCC